UGUGACGCAAUGAGUGUGUUAGAAAAAGAGCACGACUACAGGGAAGAACACUUUGAUUUCAUUCAGUCGCACAUUCGUAGGUUCUGCUUGCAGUAUGGAGCGGCCUUGAUCUAUACAUCCGUUAAGGAGGAGAAGAACCUUGACUUGUUAUAUAAGUACAUUGUACAUAAAAAAUAUGGCUUUCACUUUGCAACCCCUGCCUUAGUGGUAGAAAAGGACGCAGUUUUUAUACCUGCUGGCUGGGACAAUGAAAAGAAAAUUGCAAUCCUGCAUGAGAAUUUCACAACAGUGAAGCCGGAAGAUGCAUAUGAAGACUUCAUCGUGAAGCCGCCUGUAAGAAAGUUAGUUCAUGAUAAAGAGUUUGCGGCAGAAGAUGAACAGGUCUUUCUAAUGAAGCAGCAGGUAAGUGGGGAAAAAAAGCACUAUUUUCUGUUUUUGCUUGUCUCUGGUGCUUAGGAUAUUUUAAAAUAGGAUCUAUGCAUCAUGAGACUUUGGGUCUCAAUGCAGCCCCCUAAUUCCCCCCUCCCCCCAAUGCUCCCUUUUUGUAGCCUUUGCAUCCCUUUUUGAUCACAGUUGCAGAAAACCCACCUUCAUGGUUUGCUGGCAGGUAAAGCUCAAAACAUUUAAAAAUUUCUCAAAUUAGAGGAACAUCAUCUUGGUCUUCUCCAUAGAGCAUUGACUACUUAGCAUUAUUAUCCUACUACUACAGACCGUAAUCCUCCUCUUUUUCCUAUGAUAGUAAGUCUUCAAUGAAUCUCCAGUAAGCAGAAUCCUUGCCAGAAGGACCAGGCUGUAAAGCUCCAUGGGAGAAAAAUAAUUCCCAGAAAUUAUAUGCAGAGCGAAAGUGGUGCUUUCUCUGUUUUGCGUGGUGGCUUUCUCUCAAAAGCAAUUCUUGGAAUUGUAGUUGUCUGAUGUAGUGAAAGAGAUCACUGUGUCUGGUCGCAUGGGGCUUCUCUAAUUCGUGGAUGAGCUGUUUCCUUAGGGUAAUUUUGAAUUUUAAUUUAGAAAUACUGCUCUUUUUUUCAUUUGAAACUAGUGACUCUGAUUCACCCUUAUCAGACAUAUAUAACAUAGGCACAAUAUGCCGUCACCCUGGUGUUGCUGAACACAUCUGCCAUUGUCCUUCACUGUUAACUAUGCUAGAUGAAUUCGUGUUCACAAACAUCUGGAGUGCUGUACGUUGUGCCUCCAUGAGUGAGCGAGUUUGUUUGUUUGUAUCCUGCCUUUAUUAUUUUUGCAAAUAACUCAACAUAUCGAAAACCCCUUCAUCACCUCAACCAGCCCUUUUAAGAUUAGGACUAGAACUAGCCCAGUCUCCUGCGUAUUGACCUUAAGUCAUGCAACCGGUUCCACCACAAAAGCGCGUAGGACAAAAUCGCGC